CGCAGCACUUCUGGGGUCAGUAUCCCCUGAGCUGGAAAAGACCCAGGGCCUUUGCACAGAUGGGACAGGUGUGGCAGGGAUAUGUUCGGACUGGCUGCUGCACACAGAGGACGAGGCUGCAGAUACUAUCUGGAUGACAAACAAUUUUACUUUCUGGAAAAUACUGUCUGUAGCUUCCUUUUACAUGCUACUUUUUGAAAAACUCUUAUGGCAUUCCAUUUUCCUCUUUGACCUUGGCCUUGACUCUUUUGUAAUGGAUGUAUUUUUUUUAUUGAAGUACAGUUGAUAUACAUUAUAUUGUUUUCAACAUAGUGCACAACAUAGUGAUUUGAUAGUUAUCUACACUAUUACAAUAAAUGUGUUUUGAAUGAAACAGAAGCUGCAAACAGCACUCUGCCCAACUGGCCUGCCUGGCCUCCUCCUGCACCUACAUCCUUCUAUCUCCAUUCAAGGGAAGAGGCUGAGUUCUGGCUCAGGCAGAAACAGCACCAGCCUACACAGUGAAGGAUGCUAACUUGGCUCUCCCCACAGGAAGGGCUGAAAGGAACCUGAGAAUUCCAAUUAGGCUUAAACUAAUGAGCUGGAAACUUUGGAGAAGCCACUGUGGAUAUUGAGGGGAGAGUGCGAUCAUCUUCCUUUUAAUUAGCAUUGGGAAAACUUGUGGUCCAGCUGGUAGCAGGAGGAAGGGCAGUGUCCAGAUGAAGUGAAGUUUCUGAGAAUGACAGAGGGGAUUCCCCUGGAGGUGGAGGGCUAGAGGUUGCUGAAAACACCCAGCUCCUCCAUCUUUAAUGGGGAAAGGUGGGCUUGAAUGGAGCCUGGGGCAUCCCAUCUCAGGGCUGCCCUCCUCACGCGAUGGAGUCUGUGGCUAGAUAAAAGGGGAGCGACUUUGGGGGAACUGUACUGCUUACCAGAGUCUGCACUGUGCCCGAGACCAGGCACCCCCGCCCAUCCCUGCCUACUUUCUUAGACAGCCUUUGCCACUCAAUACGGAAAAGGCAGAAAAACCAUAUGCUGCUGUCAAGGCCACAGACCCCCCGCCAGCCUCCCAGUUGGCCCUGCUUUCCAACCACUCUAGGGGCGCCUAGCAAUGGGGGAGGGCAGAGGGAACUAGGGGAAAGGGGGUCGAGCUAGGGUGUGUAUCCUAGAGAAGGGUCUUUCUCCCUCCCCGCGGCGGGAUCUUGUGGCAUCCCGCCUGUGCAUCGGCUCGACAGCUGAUCACUCCUCCUCUCCACACUGGGGGCUCCGUCGGGAACAAACGGCCUGCCACGGGCCCUCCGCCAUCCCAAUCGGGUACCCCCAGGGCGCUCAACGGGGGGGCGUAGCACCUUGGAGCGAGGCCCCGAGUCGCGCGUCUGGGCUUGGGGCGCUCUACUUGCGCAGCGGGGAUCAGGGGUGCGAACCCGGCCGCCGCCGAGGGGUUCUGCGGGCCCUCUGCCAGGCGCCGAGCAGAGGCGAACCGGCGCUGCGAGCCUCCACCCCUCCCGCCUCCGGCGGUCUGAGCCCGCGCCGGCUCCAGUUGCUGCAGCUGCUGCUCCUGGCGGCUGCGGGGAACGCGGGGCGCGCGCCGAAGAGCCUCAGGCGGUGAGGACGAGGACGAGGAGGAGCCGGAGGAGGCAGAGCGAGCGGAGGCCGCGGAGGCUCAGCCGCGUGGCGCCGCGGUCCAGGCACACCGGGAGCACGGGCUAGCGGCUGCGGCUCGGCGGCCAGACGCGGCGAACCUGCUGCGGCCCGGCGCGCACAGGGGCGGCGAGUGGGAGCCGAGCGCAGCCGCGCGAACGUCCUGGGGGAGGGGCUGCUUAUACAUUAUUAGCGAAUUGCCGCCUAACAAGCCAAGAGCGGCUCGCUAGCGGCGCGGGCCGCGCGAGGGGAGGGGUCCGGCCGGAGAGCAGCGCACACGCGUGGCGCACGGCGGGCGGCGCGGGGCGGACACCCGGGCCCGCGCGCAGAGCCAGGGCGGGCCCGGGGGCCCGCGCAGAACCCGGGCGCGGGCAGCCAGCGGCGCUCCCGGUCUCUGGGCGCCCGGGGCGAGCGGGGCGCGGGCCGGGGAGGGGAGCUCCCGCGCGCUCCAGCCCCCUCCCCCUCAGGCGGGCGGGCCGGCGGCCGGGGGGAGGGCGGGCGGCGGCUCGCAGUAUAUAUCUCCGCGCACCCCGCCAGGUCGCGCACAGCGCCCCGAGCCCAGGCGCCUCCCCCCUCCCCGCGCUCCGCGGCGGCGGCGGUAGCAGCAAUAUGGCUGUUGAUGGGUGUUCUGGGUGGCGCUGGCGGCGGGAGGAGCUCCCCCGAGCCCCCGCGCCGGCCGCCCGUUGCUAGCUAUGGCAAAUGGUGGCGGCGGCGGCGGCGGCGGCGGAGGCAGCAGGCUUAGAAUGAGUAGCAAUAUCCACGCGAACCAUCUCAGCCUAGACGCGUCCUCCUCCUCCUCUUCCUCCUCUUCUUCCUCCUCGUCCUCGGUCCGCGAGCCCAAGAUGGAUGCGCUCAUCAUCCCGGUGACCAUGGAGGUGCCGUGCGACAGCCGGGGCCAGCGCAUGUGGUGGGCUUUCCUGGCCUCCUCCAUGGUGACUUUCUUCGGGGGCCUCUUCAUCAUCUUGCUCUGGCGGACGCUCAAGUACCUGUGGACCGUUUGCUGCCACUGCGGGGGCAAGACCAAGGAGGCCCAGAAGAUUAACAAUGGCUCGAGCCAGGCGGAUGGCACUCUCAAGCCAGUGGAUGAAAAAGAGGAGGCGGUGGCAGCCGAGGUCGGCUGGAUGACCUCCGUGAAAGACUGGGCGGGGGUGAUGAUAUCUGCCCAGACAUUGACUGGCAGAGUCCUGGUUGUCCUAGUCUUUGCUCUCAGCAUUGGUGCGCUUGUGAUAUACUUCAUAGAUUCGUCGAACCCAAUAGAAUCCUGCCAGAAUUUCUACAAAGAUUUCACAUUACAGAUCGACAUGGCUUUCAACGUGUUCUUCCUUCUCUACUUUGGCCUGCGGUUUAUUGCAGCCAAUGACAAGCUGUGGUUCUGGCUAGAAGUGAACUCUGUAGUAGAUUUCUUCACAGUCCCCCCAGUGUUCGUGUCUGUGUACUUGAACAGAAGUUGGCUUGGUUUGAGAUUUUUAAGAGCUCUCAGACUGAUCCAGUUUUCAGAAAUUUUGCAGUUUCUGAAUAUCCUUAAGACAAGUAAUUCCAUCAAGCUUGUGAAUCUGCUUUCCAUAUUUAUCAGCACAUGGCUCACAGCCGCCGGAUUCAUCCAUUUGGUGGAGAAUUCAGGGGACCCAUGGGAAAAUUUCCAGAACAACCAAGCUCUUACAUACUGGGAAUGUGUCUAUCUGCUCAUGGUCACCAUGUCCACUGUCGGCUAUGGGGAUGUUUAUGCAAAGACCACGCUUGGGCGCCUCUUCAUGGUGUUCUUCAUCCUCGGGGGGCUGGCCAUGUUUGCCAGCUACGUCCCUGAAAUCAUAGAGUUAAUAGGAAACCGCAAGAAAUACGGGGGCUCCUAUAGUGCGGUUAGUGGAAGAAAGCACAUUGUGGUCUGCGGACACAUCACUCUGGAGAGUGUUUCCAACUUCCUGAAGGACUUUCUGCACAAGGACCGGGAUGAUGUCAAUGUGGAGAUCGUCUUUCUUCACAACAUUUCCCCUAACCUGGAGCUUGAAGCUCUGUUCAAACGACAUUUUACUCAGGUGGAGUUUUAUCAGGGUUCAGUCCUCAAUCCACAUGAUCUUGCGAGAGUCAAGAUAGAGUCAGCAGAUGCGUGCCUCAUCCUUGCCAAUAAAUACUGCGCUGACCCCGAUGCAGAAGAUGCCUCCAAUAUCAUGAGAGUGAUCUCCAUCAAGAACUACCAUCCGAAGAUAAGAAUCAUCACUCAGAUGCUGCAGUAUCACAACAAGGCCCAUCUGCUAAACAUCCCAAGCUGGAACUGGAAAGAGGGUGAUGAUGCAAUCUGCCUCGCAGAGCUGAAGCUGGGGUUCAUAGCCCAGAGCUGCCUGGCUCAAGGCCUCUCCACCAUGCUCGCCAACCUCUUCUCCAUGAGGUCAUUCAUAAAGAUUGAGGAAGACACGUGGCAGAAAUACUACCUAGAAGGAGUCUCAAAUGAAAUGUACACAGAAUAUCUCUCCAGUGCCUUCGUGGGUCUGUCCUUCCCUACUGUUUGUGAGCUGUGUUUUGUGAAGCUAAAGCUCCUAAUGAUAGCCAUUGAGUACAAGUCCGCCAACCGAGAGAGCCGUAUAUUAAUUAAUCCUGGAAAUCAUCUUAAGAUCCAAGAAGGUACUUUAGGAUUUUUCAUCGCAAGUGAUGCCAAAGAAGUUAAAAGGGCAUUUUUUUACUGCAAGGCCUGUCAUGAUGACAUCACAGAUCCCAAAAGAAUUAAAAAAUGCGGCUGCAAACGGCUGAUAUAUUCCAAGAUGUCCAUCUACAAGAGAAUGAGACGGGCAUGUUGUUUUGAUUGCGGACGUUCUGAGCGUGACUGCUCGUGCAUGUCAGGCCGUGUGCGUGGUAACGUGGACACCCUUGAGAGAGCCUUCCCACUUUCUUCUGUCUCUGUUAAUGAUUGCUCCACCAGUUUCCGUGCCUUUGAAGAUGAGCAGCCAUCGACGCUGUCACCAAAAAAAAAGCAACGGAACGGAGGCAUGCGGAACUCUCCGAGCUCCUCGCCCAAGCUGAUGAGGCAUGACCCCUUGUUAAUUCCUGGCAAUGAUCAGAUUGACAAUAUGGACUCCAACGUGAAGAAGUAUGACUCUACCGGGAUGUUUCACUGGUGUGCACCCAGGGAGAUAGAGAAAGUCAUCCUGACGCGAAGUGAAGCUGCCAUGACCGUUCUGAGUGGCCACGUCGUGGUCUGCAUCUUCGGCGAUGUCAGCUCAGCCCUGAUUGGCCUCCGGAACCUUGUGAUGCCCCUCCGUGCCAGCAACUUUCAUUACCACGAGCUCAAGCACAUCGUGUUUGUGGGCUCCAUUGAGUACCUCAAACGGGAGUGGGAGACACUGCAUAACUUCCCCAAAGUGUCCAUAUUGCCUGGUACGCCAUUAAGUCGGGCUGAUUUAAGGGCCGUCAACAUCAACCUCUGUGACAUGUGCGUUAUCCUGUCAGCCAAUCAGAAUAAUAUUGAUGAUACUUCGCUGCAGGACAAGGAAUGCAUCUUGGCGUCACUCAACAUCAAAUCUAUGCAGUUUGAUGACAGCAUCGGGGUCUUACAGGCUAAUUCCCAAGGGUUCACACCUCCAGGAAUGGACAGAUCCUCUCCAGAUAACAGCCCAGUGCAUGGGAUGUUACGCCAGCCCUCCAUCACGACUGGGGUCAACAUCCCCAUCAUCACUGAACUAGUGAACGAUACUAAUGUUCAGUUUUUGGACCAAGAUGACGACGAUGACCCUGACACGGAACUGUACCUCACGCAGCCGUUUGCUUGCGGGACGGCGUUCGCUGUCAGUGUCCUGGACUCGCUCAUGAGCGCGACAUACUUCAAUGACAAUAUUCUUACGCUGAUACGGACCCUGGUGACAGGAGGAGCCACUCCGGAGCUCGAGGCUCUGAUCGCCGAGGAAAAUGCUCUCCGAGGGGGCUAUAGCACCCCCCAGACGCUGGCCAACAGGGACCGCUGCCGCGUGGCCCAGUUAGCACUGUUGGACGGGCCCUUUGCAGACUUGGGGGAUGGUGGUUGUUAUGGUGACCUGUUCUGCAAAGCUCUGAAAACGUAUAAUAUGCUUUGUUUUGGAAUUUACCGGCUGAGAGAUGCUCACCUCAGCACUCCCAGCCAAUGCACGAAGAGGUACGUCAUCACCAACCCUCCGUACGAGUUUGAGCUCGUGCCAACAGACCUGAUCUUCUGCUUGAUGCAGUUUGACCACAAUGCCGGCCAGUCCCGGGCCAGCCUCUCCCAUUCCUCCCACUCAUCCCAGUCCUCCAGCAAGAAGAGCUCCUCCGUUCACUCCAUCCCAUCCACAGCAAACCGACAGAACCGGCCCAAGUCCCGGGAGUCCCGAGACAAACAGAAUGCAACAAGGAUGAAUAGAAUGGGCCAAGCAGAAAAGAAAUGGUUUACAGAUGAACCGGAUAAUGCGUAUCCCAGAAACAUUCAAAUCAAGCCCAUGAGUACCCACAUGGCUAACCAGAUCAACCAAUAUAAAUCCACAAGCAGCUUGAUUCCACCAAUCAGAGAAGUUGAAGAUGAAUGUUGACUCCCAGGAGACCAGAACUAUUUUUUUAAAGCCUGACAAACUUCAUAAAUGGUGAUGUGACUUUUCUUCCUCUUACAUGCUGAAUCACAGGUGGAAAUGUUAGGAUAAGCAAGAAUCACAAGAAAAAUAAAGUAGACAGAUCUUUCUGUUUGUCUGCCUUGAAUAUUGCUUCCAUGUAUUUUGGAAAAGAAAAUGAUUUCAUUGAUAAAUGAACAUACUAAAAUAGUCAUGUAUAGCCUCUAGCAUUUUAAAUUAUUUUUAUUUAUUAGAAAGAAAAUAUAUUUUUUCUUUUUUUUCAUUGUCAAAUAUCUUCCCUCUAUCUAAACAAUGCAAAAUCAAAAUGAACAAGUGGCCAGACUCCUUAACACGUAUUUCUCUUCUUUCUCUCUUUUUCUUUGAGGAGAAUGAUGGUCACCACCACAAUUAAUUGUAACAAAGGGAAGUGGAUUAGUAAAGCAAUUUAGAA